CAACAUUCUAUGGGUGGGUACGAGGCCGUCGAAGGUUUUGCGGCUUCCUUUCGGACAAAUUUGCGAUGAAAGGGUGGCUGCAAUUUGCUUCCGAUGGAGAGGUCGCUGAAUUGAGAUCAGUAGAAUUUGGCAAGUUUCUGCCGAUGCAACAACCUGAAUUUUUUUGGUUUAGUGAGUUGAAUCAGCGCGCACUUUCGAUUGUUGAAUCUUCGGGAUGUCUUGAUUGAUGGUGACCUUUUGAAGUUGCGAAUUUAUCAAGCACGCCCUAGAAAAUUUGAGGUACAUUUGUUUUAUUUGAGUAGUGGCCUGCAAUGGAAGCAGUUUCGGGAGAUUUUUAGGCUGGAGAUUGUGCACGGUAUAUGGUCAGGUUUAGAGUUGGUAAGGUGGCGGUUGUGGAGUGAAUUUCUGCGGGAGGUGGGAGUAUGUGGCCAAGAUGAUGAUGAUGCGCGGCGUGCUCUUGCAAAGAGCAUUGCGAACGGCGUCUGUUUGUGAUCGUGCGCUUAUUUUCACAUCCGCUGUGCAUCAAUCAUGUCCGGCGGUGGAGGAAUUAGCAACUUCAGAAUCUGGACAUGUCGAAGAAUUGCAAUCAGGACCGACAGGACUCAAUGACAUGAACCGACAAUGUAUGGAUAGCCGCUAUGCAGUUAGGGGAACGACUCGGCAUGGUACUCCAGGGCGUACCCGUGCACAGUCGAAGCCCGCAUCUGAGCUCAUCCAGGAUCCAAGGAUAAUGAUGUUGUUCAAGCUUGUUAGGGAGAGAAAAUUUAAGGAGCUUCAAGCAGCUCACGAACAGAUGAUGAAGGAGGAAGCUGAAUCCGAUGAAACAGGUUUAGAUGUGUACUUUUACUCCCGUCUUAUGACCCAGUGUGUAAGGCACGCUGGAAACGAGACAGCUCUCCCGGUGUUUGAACUUAUGACUGAAGCAGGUGUGACGCCCAAUGUGGUACCUUAUACCAUUGUUAUUCGAGCGCUUAUGGAUCUUGCGGACAAUGAGAAGGCUCAUCAUUCUGGACAGCAAGGGUUAAAUGAGGUUGCCAAGAGUGAGACUUUGGCUUCCAAGGCCGUGGAACUUUUACAUGAGAUGCGCGGCAGAGGAAUCCGGCCCAAUGAGCUUACGUACAAGCCAAUCAUGUCAUGGCUUCCAGCAAGGAAGCGCGACGCUCAGUUUCAAGAACUAAAGAAUUUGAUGGCUGAGGAUGGAGUUGCAUUCGAUGGAGUGUUUAAAUUUUAUGAGAUUCGCUUGGCAUUAAAAGUUGGCGAUUUGAAAAAAGCCGAAAGACUUUACAUAGCUGCUAAGAAAGAGAAUGCCAAAAUAGCUUCUUCUUUGGAUGCCUUUUUUCUUAGUGCGUUUGCCCAAGAGGACAGAGUUGAAGAGCUCAUAGAGUUGCUGCCGAAAGUACUGCCCGUCAUGAACUCCGAUAAGGGCACUGCAUCUGCAUUUCAAUGUCUUGGAAGGCAUGGCAAACACCAAGCAGCUAUGAAGUGUCUCACUUCUCUGAAAAAGUCGGGAGGAAGUUCAGAACAGCUGAAUUGCUCUUUUGUUAGCUAUAUACUGGGUUCCUCAAAAGCCAAGAAGUUGGAAGAAACAUUGGGAUUAUGGAGGGACGUUGAAGAGCAGUGUCGUAUAAAUGCACCUCCUGAAGUGUUCAACAUCCUGAUUGAUUCAUGUUGUAAGCAUGGCCAUGUAUCGUGGGGUCUAGAUCUUUUGGAUGAGAUGCAACAAAGAGGGACAAAGUUAUCUCCCUACGCAUUCAAUCCCUUCAUCUGUGACUUUGCACGUUGGGGUAUGUAUGAAGAGGCGUUCGAGAUGAAGGCAGCUAUGGGCAGACUUGGUGUGCAGCCAUCUGUAGUGACGUACAGCACGUUGGUCAACUGUUGUGUCAAACUUGGAGAUAUGGAGCAAGCGUACAAUUUACUUGCAGAGAUGAAGCAGGUUGGUAUCCAGCCAAAUGCCCAUUGCUACAACCCUCUUAUUAUGGGCUUUGGGAGUCAGGCAAGACUGGAUCGAGCUCUAGAGGUUUUGAGAGAGAUGCUGAGUGCCGGAGUUCAGCCUGAUAGUUACACUUACUCAAUGCUAAUAUUUGCGUGCUCCAUGGUGCGGAAUGAGGAUAAGGCUGUUGAGUUGUUCGAGGAAAUGCUGCAGCGUGGGGUGCAGCCUAAUGCUGGCAUAUAUUCGGCUAUGGCCUCUGUUUUCGCAAGGUGUGGAAAACUGGAACGUAGUAUUGAGAUGGUCAAGGAAAUCGAGAGAAGAGGGGAAGUGGUGGGUACAAAGGCGAAAAGCGCCAUUCUGGCUGGUUUGUCUUUGGCUGGUCGUCUAGGUGAAGCUCUCGCAUUGUACGGAGCUCUUAAGAGGGAAGGCGCUUUUCCGGAGGCUUAUGCCGCUGGAAUCCUGUUGGUUGCUGUUGGAAAGGCAGGGGAUCUGGAUCGCAUGUUCAACAUCUUUGAGGACUGCCGCAAGGAGAAUUUGUGGACCAAAUUGACCUACCAACAACGUGCUGAGUUUCUGAACGUACGUUGCAUAAACGUGGUGCUGGGUUGCAUACGGCAUAAUCAGCUGGGGCGAGCCCUGGAGUUUCUGCGUAAAGUUAAAGAUGAAAAUAUUGCAGAUGUGGCAGUUCUGUUUGACAAGAUUUUCCUUCAUAUAUCAAAUGGAGGAAGAGACGCAAAUGAAAUGUGCUGGUUGGAUGUGGAUGACGGCUUUGCUGUUGUCGCAGCCAUGCGAGAAUUGGGGCUGAGUCCUUCACGCAUGGCAUUAGAAGCUCUUCUAGAUGGUUGUGCCUCCAUGAACGACUCGGAGCAAGCACAGAGGGUUGUUUCUGAAAUGGAGAAGGAAGGAUUAGCACUAAACGUCUUCUCUCAAAUUAGAUUAUUUCGGGCAUAUGUAGCUGCAGAAGAUGAAGAGAAAGCAAUAGAGCUACUUCAACAGAUUGAUCCUUAUGAUUGGCAAGAUGUCCAUGUGCAGUUCAUUUUGCAGCAGACAUUGCAGCCUCAUCUUGAGGCAGCUCAGGACUCCCCAGAGGCUGCCCAAGCUCCCGAGACUCUUCCAGGAGUCCGGCAGAAGUUAGCUGAGUUGAUAGACCUUUACCCUUACCGACAGUUCAUGGACGAUUAGAUUGGAGGUGUCUUGUAUGCAACGAUUUCAGAUACAUGUGAAUGAUACAACGAACUUGAUGGGAAGUUCUCGAAAAAUGUUGUCUCCCAAAAUUUAAGAAUAUAUUCACUUUUAAGCUUACAUGA